UUUAGUAUGCAAACUGAUCGACGGUCAGCCUGAACACGGACCAGUUAUGAGCAUAAAUGCACUUCGACUGUCAGCAUGCUUGAGGUUACAUUCGUAGUCUUCGAGGCUCCGGUCGCUUUGGAAGCGUGACAAAGGCUACUUGUGACAUGGAACGACUGGAGAUGGCAUGCUUGCAUGUUGUGUCUCCUCAUUAGGCUGGUCUGGUAUUGGCAAACCCGACAGAGUCAAAGGGUGAAACGGCGAUGUGCGGUACAUUGCGUGUACGUUUGCUUGAAUACAUUUUCGAUGGUGAUCGGCAUCUGUCCGAAAUGUCACUUGUCGCGUCCCGUCGUAAGGUGGUGGACGAUUGAAGACGCCCUGGAACGACUCGGCCGACGAAGCGGCAUACCUAGUUAGCGCACUCAAGGGAUCGGGGGCCAGGGCUGUGG